UAAAAGUUGUACCAUGAAUGGUAACGUAACGCAGUUACCACCACAUUCCACGUUUUUUCUACAUCCUUUUCUCGGUGACCCAAUUGUAUCGUUUAAUUGAGUUGUACGAAUGAUUUUUCUGUCCAUUCUUGUAGGCGUUCAACGAUGCGAAAAAGGAAAGGUAUCGAAUCGAAGCCAGGAACACAUGUCUUGCCAGACUAUUGUUGGAUAUCCUCAGACACUCCUAAACAGACGAAUAAUUAUCCUUAUGUCUCUCCUAGCAAUCAAUUCGCUUACACCUGGGACAAUUCUAAUUCAAAGCGCCAACAUGAGUGCGUUAAUUGGAAGGUACCUGGGAAAUAUAGUUCUUCUAACGGCGGUAUGGGGAACGUUAUGCCAUGGUUACUAUCCAUGUGCCUUCUCGGUUUGCAGCAGUUCGCCAUUCAGCCUGGUAGCAAUGCGCUUUCACGUGAUCUUGAAACAUCUACGCAGAAAAAUGUGCCUCCGACCUAUCGAUCAUCUCUAAAGAAUUACAAGACUCUGAUAUCGAGUCACGACGAACUUCCCGGUCACAUAACUUGCAUCUCUCCUAAACCAGAGGAAAAUGUAUUGGACACGUUGUCCACCACUCCUGAAUACAACAAUCAUCUGUACGGUUCGACGCCAGACUCGAGCGAGUAUUUUCUAAGCAACUUCGACAGAAGUAAAUUUCGUCCAAGACCACCUGGAAGGAAUUUCAACAUGUUCAAGAGCGAUCCUCAAUUGUUGAAUCAGCUUGAGACUCAUGGACUGAACUAUGACCCUGGUCGAGGACAAGUGGAGGAUGAUUACGUUGGUCCUGCCAUGGAACUAAUUUUUGCUUGGUCCACUAUCGAUUAUACGUACGACAGUAUCGAGGCUAGGGAUUCGGCCAUCUUCGUCGGAGAUUUCAUCGCUGAGAAUAAUCUACCUCUUGGUCUUGAAGUUUGGAAGAACAAGGUCUUCGUCACGCUUCCAAAAUGGAAAGAUGGAAUUCCAGUUACGUUGGCCUAUGUUCCUAAGAACUCGAAGACGAAGAGUCCAAAGUUGCGACCCUAUCCGGACUGGGGAUGGCAUCAGCCAGGUAACUGCGAGGUUCUAACAUCGGUCUUCAGGGUCCAAGUCGACGAGUGUGAUCGCCUCUGGGUGCUGGACUCCGGCAAGGUGGACGUAGCAAUGGGUGGGAAGCAAGUCUGUCCUCCAGCCAUCUUCAUCUUCGAUCUGAACACAGACACAUUGAUCAGGAAGUACAUUCUACCGGAAGAUCAAGUGAAAGAAGAUUCUUUAUACACAAACAUCAUCGUUGACAUCAGGAACGAAGACUGUAAUUCAGCAGUGGCCUACGCCUCCGAUGUCUUCAGAUACGGACUACUAGUCUACGACUUCUUCAAGGACUCCUCCUUCAGAUUUCAACACCACUAUUUCUACCCAGAUCCCUUGGCCUCCAAAUACGAGCUCCAUGGUGUGAAAUUCCAAUGGACAGACGGUAUCUUCGGUAUCGCUUUGAGUCCUGUGGACAUCCACAACGACAGGACCUUGUUUUUCCAUCCCAUGUCCAGUUUCCGCGAGUUUGCCGUCUCCACCUCCAUCCUGAGGGACAAGAAAACGGUCGAGGACAACUCGGAUUACUUCGUGCCCAUUGGCAGACCCAGAGCCAAGGACUACGGGCAUUCUUCAGGGUCUGUGGUAGACAGGAACGGUGUGAUGUUCUUCAACAUGGUCACCAGAGAUUCUGUCUGGUGCUGGGACACCAGGAAGGAAUAUAUUCCUCAGAACCUUGGUGUCAUUGGCACCAGUAAUUUAUCUUUAGUCUUUCCGAACGAUAUCAAGGUCGAUCGUGAAUACGAUCAAAAUGUCUGGUUACUUUCUAACAGACUGGCCACGUAUCUUUAUGGAAGCGUGGAUAGUAGCAAGGUUAAUUACAGAGUGUUCAAGGCUAAUGUCAGAGAAGCUAUCAAGGAUACUGUUUGCGAUCCUAAUCACGUGGUGUAUAGUUCUGAACACGGUUACGACGAGACAUGCUGAAGAUGUCUCUGGAUUGAUUUUGUAUUGGGAAAAUGGGACAGGGAUGCUGAAGAACAGUCUCUUUGAUUCUUCGAGACAAAUGUGAAACGAUGUUGUGAUUGAGUGUUCAGGCUACCUCGAGUUAUUUAGCAAUGAGAAAUAUGUACAUACGAGAAUUAUGCAAUAAGAGAAAGUGUAGCAUUAAAUAAAUAUACCAUCGAUGAUUUAGAUAAAUAUUGUAAAUGUAAAUUGAGGAACUUUCUUUCUUUAGGAGAAUAGUAUGUUCGAUGAUGAGUGAUGUUUUUGUAAAAUAAUUAGAUGGAACACAGCUCAAUAAGGUCCUGUAUAGUUCUUAAUGAGAUGCAGGAUUCCACGAAUAAAAUUAUCAUUCUUA